AUGAAGCCAGCUGACAUCGCAACUGCAACGGCACAAGACGCAACCCUACAAGUGGUCAUUAAAGCAGUGCAAACGGGAAACUCGUGUCAACCCAGUCUGAAUCCAGCUAUUAACGCGGCAACGUUUAAAGCCAUGAAACGGAUAAAGGACGAACUAACUGCUUGUCUGUCGUACAACGUCAUCCUGAGAGGAACAAGAAUCGUUAUGCCUGACGCAAUGCAGCUUCAAGUAGUCAAUCUGGCCCAUGAAGGUCUUCAAGGCAUCGUAAAGACCAAAUCACUACUUCGCGAGAAGGUAUGGUUUGCAGGUAUCGACCCUUUAGUAGAAGAAACAGUAAAGUCCUGCCUAGCCUGCCCAACUUCAACACCUGACACCAAGCGAGAGCCCCUAAAGAUGUUGCCACUACCCAACGCACCAUGGCAAGAGCUGAGCGCAGACUUCAAGGAACUAUCCACUGGAGGGUACCUGUYAGUAUUCACGGAUGAUUAUUCUCGAUAUCCGGGGGUAGAUGUUAUCAAAACGGCAUCGUUUAAAGUUGUUAUUCCGCGCCUCAACAAGAUCUUUGCAGAAUUCGGAGUACCUGGAGUAGUACGUUCGGAUAAUGGCCCGCCAUUCAACGGAAAAGAGUUUGAAGAAUUUGCGCCAACUCUCAGGUUCAAGCAUCGAAAGAUAACUUCCUUAUGGCCCCGUGCAAACGGAGAAGUCGAAAUGUUCACGCGAACGAUAAAGAAGGCCAUCGAAGUAGGAAAGAUCGAACACAAACCAUGGAAAGAUGUACUGUGUGAUCUACUACGCAACUAUCAUGCGACGCCUCACAUCUCGACAGGCUAA